AUGGCGUCUGCUCUUGCCUGGGGAACCGGAGUCGCCGUAGCUGCCUUCUUGGGCCGGGCAGGUCUCGUGGCAUGGCGGCGAUCGCGCGGCGGUGUUGGCGCGAUGGGCAAGGCCUUUUACAAAGGCGGUUUUGAGCCCAAGAUGAAUAAGAGAGAAGCGUCGCUCGUCCUCUCGCUCAACGAGCGGGCCAUCACCAAAGACAAAGUACGCAAAGCGCAUCGGACUCUCAUGUUGUUGAAUCACCCCGACCGAGGCGGCAGCCCCUAUUUGGCGACCAAGAUCAACGAGGCAAAGGAGCUCUUGGAGAAAUCAGCAUCAUGA